CGUGUCGACCAGUUGACUGUAGACAUAAUUUUGUGCAUUGCGAACAUUUUGAUGUACUGUUUUAAGACUAUAAUUGAUCAUUUUUAAAUUUUUCUUUAAUAUUUCAUUAGUGAUUCUUGUAAAAAACUAAAAUGGAGAAAAAAUCAUUCCAAUUAUUUUGUACGCUGUGAAUUUGUGAUACGAAAAGGGAACUGGGGAGAGAUUUGUUAUAAAAGUGCUUAAUUUAAGUAUUCAAAAUGGUUUUAGCAGAUUUAGGUCGUAAAAUAACAACUGCUUUGCAGUCCCUAAGCAGAGCUACAAUUAUCAAUGAAGAGGUUUUAAAUUCUAUGCUAAAGCAGAUUUGUGCUGCCUUAUUAGAAGCUGAUGUAAAUAUUCGUUUGGUAAAAAAUCUUAGAGAAAAUGUUCGUGCUGUCAUUGAUUUCGAUGAGAUGGCUGGAGGGCUCAACAAACGGCGGAUGAUACAAUCAGCUGUGUUCAAAGAACUUGUAAAAUUGGUAGAUCCUGGAGUAAAGCCAUAUCAGCCAGUGAAAGGGAAACCCAAUAUUAUCAUGUUUGUAGGGCUUCAAGGGUCUGGUAAAACCACAACUUGUACAAAACUUGCUUAUCAUUAUCUAAGGAAAAAUUGGAAAUCAUGUUUAGUUUGUGCCGACACAUUCAGAGCAGGUGCUUAUGAUCAAGUGAAACAGAAUUGUACCAAGGCAAGGAUACCUUUCUAUGGCAGUUACACAGAAGUAGAUCCUGUAGUAAUAGCCUCAACAGGUGUAGAAAUGUUCAAAAAAGAAGGUUUUGAAAUGAUUAUAGUGGAUACUAGUGGUCGUCACAAACAAGAGGAGUCUUUGUUCGAGGAGAUGUUGGCGGUGGCAAAUGCUAUUAAACCUGAUAACAUAAUUUUCGUGAUGGAUGCCACAAUUGGACAGGCUUGUGAGUCUCAAGCCAGGGCUUUCAAAGACAAAGUCGACAUUGGUUCUGUUAUCAUAACCAAGCUGGAUGGACAUGCCAAGGGUGGUGGUGCACUAUCAGCGGUUGCAGCAACACAAAGUCCAAUCAUCUUUAUUGGUACUGGUGAACACAUUGAUGACUUGGAACCAUUCAAGACAAAGCCAUUCAUUAACAAAUUGCUAGGUAUGGGAGAUAUUGAAGGCCUCUUGGACAAAGUCAAUGAACUUAAACUGGAUGAUAAUGAUGAAUUGUUAGAAAAGCUGAAGCAUGGUCAAUUCACUUUAAGAGCUAUGUACGAACAAUUCCAAAAUAUUAUGAAAAUGGGCCCCUUCUCACAAAUUAUGGGAAUGAUACCAGGUUUAUCCCAAGACCUUAUGUCUAAAGGUAGUGAACAGGAAUCUAUGGCAAAACUAAAACGGCUCAUGACAAUCAUGGAUUCCAUGAAUGAAGGUGAACUGGACCAUCGUGAUGGCGCAAAACUUUUCUCCAAACAACCCACCAGAAUUACAAGAGUAGCGCAAGGUGCAGGUGUUACAGAAAGAGAUGUUAAAGACUUGAUUGCUCAGUAUACUAAAUUUGCAGCGGUUGUUAAGAAAAUGGGUGGUAUCAAGGGUUUGUUCAAAGGAGGUGAUAUGGCGAAAAAUGUUAAUCAAACCCAAAUGGCGAAGCUCAAUCAACAAAUGGCAAAGAUGAUGGAUCCCCGCAUACUGCAGCAAAUGGGCGGUAUGUCCGGUCUGCAUAAUGUUAUGAGGCAACUUCAGCAAGGCUCCAGCGGAAUGAACAGUUUGAUGGGUGGAAAAUAACAAUAAUUAUUGGAUACUGUGAAUGCUAGCAAUAUAACAUCAUAGCAUGUCAAUAAACGUUGAUUAAA